CGAUCCCCGGAUUGUUGCAGCGCCAGACAGGGCGGCCCGUUACCGAGCACCGACGACGGCUCCGGCGCACUGACACCGCUGAGCACCGCCGAGCUGCGCGACAAACCACACGGACGCUCCUGAAUACGGGGACGUCAAGGUGUCGCAGGCCCCGUUUUUGACGCGACCCCACCGGGAGGAACUAGCAGGGGAAAGCAAAGUUUGGGAUGGCGGUGAAUGUUUACGCCACGUCUGUGUCCAUCGACAACCUCAGUCGACAUGACAUGCUGGCGUGGGUCAACGACUCUUUGCACCUCACCUACACUAAGAUUGAGCAGCUCUGUUCAGGAGCGGCGUAUUGCCAGUUCAUGGACAUGUUGUUUCCAGGUUGUAUCCUUCUGAAGAAGGUCAAAUUCCAAGCCAAGCUGGAGCACGAAUCGAUACACAACUUCAAAGUUCUCCAGGCAGCAUUUAAAAGGAUGAGUGUGGACAAAAUAAUUCCCGUGGAAAAGCUGGUAAAGGGGAAGUUCCAGGACAACUUUGAAUUCGUCCAGUGGUUCAAGAAGUUCUUCGACGCCAACUACGACGGGAAGGAGUAUGACCCUCUACUAUCCAGACAGGGGCAGGACGUGGCCCCCGCCCCCAACCCAGGACCACAGAGGACAUCGCCAACAGUUCCCAAAAACAUGCCGACACCCCAGCGGGUCCAACACAACACUCCGGCCAUGAGGAAGAACCCGUCCCUGUCCAGAAACGGGGGCAGCGACGCUGAGAUCAUGGAGCUAAAUCAACAGCUGAUGGAGUUGAAGUUGACUGUGGACGGACUAGAGAAGGAGAGAGACUUCUACUUCAGCAAACUACGGGACAUCGAGCUGAUCUGCCAGGAACACGAGAGCGAAAACAACUCUGUCCUCAGCAGUAUAAUCAACAUCCUCUACGCAACAGAGGAUGGCUUUGCACCUCCGGAGGACGAGGACCUUGAUGAACAGGCUCACCUGGACCAGGAUGAAUACUGAGCCCUUCACCCCCCCCCCCUCGCAACGCCUCCAUCAUCUUCCUUCUUUCUUUCUUUUUUUUUACCGUCUCUUGUUUUUUACUCUCUCUGCACGCUCUCUAUAAAUAAUCACCAUGACCCCUCCUCUCCCUCAAGUCUUUUCUUUUUCUUUCUCAUAUGUAUCUGUUCCCAACCUUCCCCCAUCCGCCCUCUGGCUGUCUACGACACACUGUACACAACUACUCAGCACCCUCCUCCCUGCCCCCACCUACCACAGUGAGAGGAACAGUAACGUACGACAUAUCCCGGUGAUCCCAGCAUGACCAACGGAGCAGGAAUUGUGCCGUGCCUGGCGCGGAGGUUGUUGUGGCAAACAGUGGGGUUCAAGUGUGUAAAUAUUGCCGACGAUUUCUGAGAGAACGAUGUCUUUGCUCAUUAUUGAGUUAUUUAUUUGAUUAACUUUGGCGCGCUGCGAUACUACUAGAGCUACUAAAACUGUAACAAAGGUGACUUUUUAAAAGCAACUUCUUAUUUAUUUAACUUAUAUUUAAUUAAGAUUAACUUUCUGUAGCAAAAUUGGUGCAAAACCUGCCGUACGUGAUUUGAGGCCGUGUGUGUUACUUCAGUUCUGCAUAGCGCUUGAGUCAGCAUCAAGCUUUUGUGUCACGUUGGGCUCAUAGCACGUAGAAAUGCUGAAAGAAAUUCUCUGGUGUAUUGACAGGAGGCGUAUGAUCAGUGCUCUGCGACUCUUUGUUAGUGAUCAGCAACAUAUCUGAGCAUGAGAAUGUUACACAUUGACUGUGAAUGAGUGAUAUUUUGCAUAUGUACGUUGUGUUGAGAUUUCGUCUGAUGUCGCACAGUCCCGGUUCAUCGCCAAUGUAUCUUUUAGGCCGACAUGCAGUCGGCCUAAAAGUUUGAAAUUUAGAGGUGGAAAGCUACCUUCAGACUGACAACAUGGUUAUAGAUCGUUAUUAGGAGCCUGACACUGAAUUAAUACAGAUCGAUUAUUCACCCAACAGGAGCUGUCAUGUUCUGCCCUGCUAACACGACUGUGUUUAGACUUUGGAUUUGCUGUGAACGGUUGCCCACGGUAUAUGAGUUGUAAUUUGGAAGAAAGUCAGUAUUAGGAAAUCCCUGUACAUUUGACUUGACAUCAUACGCAUCCAGUUUAACUAAGGGAGCCUCCUUGGUCCUUCCUAGCUGUUUUUUUACUUGCAAUUUACUUGCGGAUGAAAUCUGCUCUGGAACUUGCAUUCAUUGACCAUGUAAACAUCUACUGAACACUCAUGUUUUGAGUUUUGAAUAAAUAAACAGUUGUGAAAUAAA